ACAUGAUCAGCCUGGAAGCUCUGCCCAAGAUCAUCGACACAACACAACUGACGUCAGAUUUAGAGGGAACCCUGCAUUACGAUCACAGUCAGUGGAUCGAGAUGAGACUGGCUCUGGAGGACUUUACAUGGCAGGCAGCUGAUCUGUUAGAUCGUCUAGAUGAUCUGCAAGAAGACCUGAGCCGCAACGAUCUAGGUGAUGAUGUGGCUGGGGCCAAACAUGCGCUUGACCUUCACAACGAUAUGAAAAAGAAGAUCAUGAAGGCACCUGUGCAAGACAUUGAUGUGGCGGGCCAGCGUCUGCUGCAGAGGUUGUCUGGAGACAGCAACAGUGGCUAUGACAGUGGGUACUCAGGCAGAGACAGUGAGGCCAGCUCUACAGUGUCCAACCCUGACCUACAGGCUGCCGUUCCUCAGAUUCUGCACAAUCUCGAAGCCAUCCGAACCUCAAAAAACCACCUGCUCCAACUUUGGCACCAUAAAAAGCUGAAGUUGGACCAGUGCUUUCAGUUGAGGUUGUUUGAACAAGACUGUGAAAAGAUGUUUGACUGGAUCUGUCAUAACCGAGAUGUGUUCCUCAUGAACUACGUGGAGAUCGGCCAUUCUUACCAGCUCGCCAAGGAACUACAGGAGGAGCAUAACCACUUCACUAUGAGCUCCAUGAAUGUUUACGUGAACAUCAACCGUAUCCUGGCCGUUGCAUCGCGUAUGAUGGAGACGGGUCAUUACGCGGCUGCUCACAUCCGAGCGGUGGCUGCUCGGCUCGACCGAGCGUGGAAAGAGUUUGCGGCCGGACUAGACGAGCGGACGGCUGUACUGGCUUUGUCCACUCUGUUCCAUCACAAAGCUGAACAAUAUGUAGAAAAUGUGCCUAAUUGGAGUCAAGCGUGUGAAAACAUGGCAAUUCCAAGUGAAAUUAUCGUCUUAGAAACUGUGAUACAUCAACACCAAAACCUUUACGAGUCUAUGUGUCAGGCGUACACUGAGGUUUACAACGCUUACCAGUCUCUGCUGAAUGGGUUGGAUCUGUUAGUCCAAGUCUGUAUCAACUUUCCUCAGCCGCCGAGCAAUCCACCGUACAUCCGCUACGGAAACAACAAGCUGGCCUCCGCUAAUGGCGAGAGUGGACAGUCGGACUCGUCGUCUGGUAGUCGUCAGGGUGGCAACCCUGCAGCUGACUACUCGGAGGGUGCCAGUCACGUGCUGGCCGUCAUACAUCAGAUCCUCAACCACCACCGCAGUCUAGAGCAUCGCUGGCACUCCAAGAAGAUCAAACUGCAUCAGAGACUUGCACUUAGGCUGUUCCAGGAGGACGUCAAACAGGUGCUAGAUUGGCUAGCAAACCACGGUGAAGUUUUCCUAAGAAAAAACACUGGAGUCGGAAGGAACUUGCAGAAGGCAAGAGUCUACCAGAAAAGUCACGAACACUUUGAAAAUGUUGCUCAGAACACAUACACGAACGCGGAGAAGCUGCUGACUGCUGCUGAGGAGCUCGCGCAGACUGGCGAGUGUAACGCUGACGAGAUCUACUCUGUAGCUCACGAGCUCGAGAGUCACGUGACCUCGUUCGCGGCUCGUGUGGAGCAGCGGCGGCGGAGGUUGGAUCUCGCUGUGCACUUCUACACUCAGGAAAAGGAGCUCGACCAUUGGCUAGAGGAGCUGCGCCAGGACGGCUGCGAUGAAGCGCCAGACACUCUGGAGGCGGCCGAGCGGCAGCUAGAGGAGUGUGCUAGACAGAGAGACUCUUGUCUGGACGCCUCCGUCACUACCAUCAGCCAGGGCGACACCUUGCUGCAGGAGUUGAGGAGUAUCGGACUGACACAAGAGAUGGACUCCACAGGCUCAGUGGCUGCAGUAGAAUCUGCUCUGGACAGACUCAACAAACAGAGAGAGGAGCUGGAAGAGUUAUGGGCCACUCGCAAACUCAGGCUGGACCUGUGUCUCAGGUUGCGGCUGUUCGAGAGAGAUGCUUUAGAGGUGUCCUCCAGGCUGGAACUGUGGGCCUCUGAGCUGGAGCACUGUGACCUCACCAAUGAUAUGCAGAAGGCCGAGACAAUGCUGAGGCUACACAAUGAGAGCAUCACGCACAUGCAGAACACUACCUUCCAAGUGCUGCAGCAGGGACAGGAACUGGCUCAGGUGUUUGAGACCAGCGGAGUGUCUCUGAUGGCAGACAGUCAGUACAGUGCCCAGACCAGGGUACAGGUGCUGCUAGAGUUCCUACAUGAGAGAGAGAUGGAUCUGGAGGAUCUUGCGGAGAUGAAGAGAGUCAAGCUGGAGCAGUGUGUGCAGCUGUGUCAGUUCAGAGCCGACGCCAACCAGGUGGUCAGCUGGAUUCGCAAUGGUGAGGCGAUGUUGAUGGCCAGUUUCACAGUUCCCAGCUGUUUACCGGAGGCGGAACAGCUGAAAAAAGAACACGAACAGUUCCAAGUGGCCAUUGAGAAGACGCACACGUCAGCAGUGCAAGUGAAGCACAGAGCGGAGGCGUUAGUCAACGCCAAUCACUACGACCCCGCUGGUAUCAGGGACAUCAGUGAGGAGGUGACCAAACGGUGGCAACAGCUGGUCACUUGCGCUGAGGAAAGACACAAACUCGUUACUGCCAGCCUCAACUUCUACAAGACUGCCGAACAGGUGUGCAGUGUGCUAGAUAGCCUAGAGAGGGAGUACAAGAGAGACGAGGACUGGUGCGGAGGCGGUGCCAGCAGUGGAGUGAACAUCGGACAGCUGGUCAACAAACACCAGGAGCAGAAGGAGGCGUUCCUGAAGGCGUGCACGCUGGCGCGCCGCACUGCAGAGACGUUCCUCAAGUACACCAACCGAAGUCUGCAGUACUACAAUUACAGCGGGUCCGAGGCCAGCUCAGAGACAAGAGUCAAAGCAAUCACAGACAAGCUGCUGAGCCAGGAGAAUCGAGUGCUGGAACACUGGAGCGAGCGCAAGAAGCGGCUGGACCAAUGUCAGCAGUUUGUGCUGUUUGAGCGCUCGGCGCAGCAAGCCAUGGAGUGGAUACAUGAGACUGGUGAACAUUACCUGUCCACGCACACAAGCGUCGGUGCAACCCAGGAUGAGACAGAGUCGCUGCUCGUAGAACACAAUGAGUUCAAGGCGUCGGCGAAGGAGACGAGAGAGCGAGUGAAGCUGCUGAUACAGCUGGCCGAUAGUCUGGUGGAGAAGGGUCAUGCUCACGCAGCGGCCAUCAAACAAUGGGUGGCUGCGGUAGACAACCGGUACAAAGACUUCAGCUGCCGCAUGGACAAGUACAGAUCGCAGUUAGAAGGAACAUUGGGAAUCCAGGCUGAAGCAGAAAGUAGACAAGAGCUUUCAAUCGAUAGAAAUUCAGACCCUUCGCUUGAAUCCAAAGUGAAAGACUCAACCAAAGAUCUCAAAGAGUUGAAUGAAGAAAAGAGAAGAUCUGCAAGAAGAAAAGAAUUUAUAAUGGCCGAACUACUACAAACCGAACGAACGUACGUGAAAGACUUAGACAUCUGCAUCAAGGUGUUUCUGGAGGAGAUGAGAGGUCACAGCAAUGUUCCUCCGGGCAUUCUGGGCAAGGAACACAUCAUCUUUGGCAACAUCGAGGACAUCCGGGACUUCCACCGGGAUGUGUUUCUGAAGGAGCUCGAGAAGUACGAGACGAUGCCAGAAGAUGUGGGACAUUGUUUUGUUACCUGGGCACUCAAGUUCGACAUGUACGUCAAAUACUGCAAGAACAAGCCCGAGUCCAACUCACUGCUGGUGCAGCACGGAGGCACGAUAUUUGAAGAGUUGCAGAAGAAACAUCGAGUUGAACAUCCGAUAGCUGCCUAUCUGAUCAAACCUGUCCAGAGGAUAACCAAGUACCAGCUGUUGCUUAAAGAUCUUCAGUCCUGCUGUGAUGAAGGCCAGGGGGAAAUAAAGGAUGGGCUAGAAGUGAUGCUGAAUGUCCCCAAGAAAGCCAACGACGCACUUCAUCUAUCUCUCCUGGAAGGCUGUGAUAUUAGUUCGGACGAGUUGGGAGAAGUGAUACUACAGGACACUCUGCAUGUUUGGGACCCUAAACAGCUGAUCAGGAAAGGCAGGGAGAGGCAUUGCUUCCUCUUUGAACUGUACUUGGUGUUCAGUAAGGAAGUGAAGGACUCCAGUGGGAAAGCGAAGUACAUCUACAAGAAUAAACUUAUGACCUCUGAGUUGGGAGUGACGGAACACAUAGAAGGAGACGAGUGCAAGUUUGCCGUGUGGACUGGACGAGCACCCAUAUCAGACUUCCGAAUCGUCCUUAAGGCUUCUUCUCUGGAGAGCAAACAACACUGGGUGAAGAAGUUGAGAGAAGUCAUACAAGAGACCUACUUCAGCUCAGCCCUCCCUCUCAGUCUGCCAAAGAGUCCUGCCAAACUGAAGGGAAGCAGCCAGCGAUCCAGCAGAGACCUUGAGGACUCGGCCUCACUGGACGAGAGUGUAGAGAACCUUGAUAGAGGGUCUUUGGCAUCGUUUGGCUCUGGCAACACCACAGACUCUGACAAGACUGGCGGUGUGGAGAUGACAUGGGUGAUCGCCGACCACGUGGCGGCGGGCUCCGCCGAGCUGUCGGUGUCCAAGGGACAACAGGUGGAGGUUGUGGAGGUACGACCUGGAGACCCAGAGUGGUGCCUGGUCAGGAUGCCAACUUCUGGAAGUGCCGUGGACUCGCCGCCGGAGGGGUUGGUACCCCUGGCUGUGCUGAAGCAGCCGCCCCCUGGGUUCCCCAAGACCGCUCCAUCUACAUCCCCCAACAGACGGACGGCCGACCAUGAACUCGAGCCGGGACCAAGUGAGAGUGGAAGUGCAGUUACCACCAAUUCUCCCGUGAACAAAAGAAGAGUUUUUAGCGGGAGGAAAUGGCUUCCCCCUCCCCUCCGAAAGCUCAGUGGGGGAAAAGUGGAGAAGAACACGGCUCCAGAACGAACUCCCCUCAAGAAGACACCUUCAGAUAAAAGGAUAAAGUCGCCGGCAGGUGAGAUGGGUAACAAGCAAGGAGGCUCGGUAGGAGUCGGGCUGGAGGAGGAGAGUGGAAGGGACCAGAAUGGGGAGGAGGGAGAGGAAGAAGUAGAGUUGCCGCCACCGAUGAAACCCAUCAACGAACCCAUCCUGGUACCCUCGGACGAGUCCCAAGGCCAGCGAUCUUCAAACCUGUCAUUGGAAGGUGCAACUUCGGCAGAUCUGGCUGAGAUUGAACAAAUCGUCAAAGAGAGAAUGGAGCAACAUAGCGAGAAGCAGUCAAAGUUGUCAGUUUCCGAUGGAGGGGAGGGGGAAGAAGAGUCGGCGCUACAGAAGCGAGAGUAUGUGAUACGCGAGCUGGUGGAGACGGAGCGAGACUACGUACGUGACCUGCGCAUGGUGGUGGAUGGCUACAUAGCGCUCAUGCGCGACCCUGACUGUGAUAUACCCUUGCCUGAGGACCUUAGAGGAGGCAAGGACAAGAUGGUGUUCGGAAACCUAGAGGCUAUCUACGAGUGGCAUAGAGAUUCCUUCCUGAAAGGGCUGGAGCGUUGUAUUCAGUAUCCUGAAGAGCUCGGGCCUCUGUUCAAGAGGUAUGAGAGGAAACUUCUGAUGUACGUCGUCUACUGUCAGAACAAACCUGUGUCCGAGUACAUCGUCUCAGAGUACAUCGACACCUACUUUGAGGAGCUGAGACAAAAGCUGGGUCACAAACUACAGCUGUGCGACCUGCUGAUCAAACCCGUCCAGAGGAUAAUGAAGUACCAGCUGUUACUGAGGGAUUUGUACAAAUACACUGAGAGAGCUCACCUCACUACGGAGAUGGAAACUUUACGACAGGCGACCCACGUCAUGCAGGUCGUGCCCAAGGCAGCCAACGACAUGAUGGACGUCGGUCGGCUGCAAGGCUUCGACGGAAAGAUCACGGCCCAGGGCAAGUUGCUGCUGCACGGGCCACUGGUUUGUUGUGAAGGGACGUCAGCCGCCAGUUUCAAGGGCAAGGACCUUGUAGUGUUCCUGUUUGAACAGAACAUCAUAUUCAGCGAGGCUGUCGGCAAGAAAACUCAGUUCACCAACCCUGUAUAUAUCUACAAAAACCACAUUCAGGUGAACAAAAUGAGUUUGGACGAGAAGGUAGAGGGUCGGGAAGAAAGGGAGAGGGAAAAGGACUGCAGCGUGGAGCCGUUCUGUGUGCGAAGUACGGACCCGCGCAAGCCGUCGUUGGCGUACGUCUGUCAACCACCGACAGGCGAGUCGCGCGCCGAGUGGCUACACAACUUGCGCACGAUACUGCAGACGCAACGUGACUUCCUCAAGGCCAUACAGUCGCCAAUCGCGUAUCAGAAGGAGCUCGGUCGAGACCCUUUGUAAGUCCAUAGCUGUAACUGGCAUGGUUCAUUAAGUGGUAACAAAAUAACACAAUAACAACGUGAUAUGAUCUUUCUUUUUCAUUUCAUGGUAAUCUGAUCAUUCAUGGUUUUCAAUUUUAGAUUUUAAAAGUUUAUUAAUCAUAUUACAUGAGACUAACAGAAAAUUUUUAAUAAAUUCAAUGUUAAAAUUUAAUUUUUUUACAUUGAUACUAGUAAUUAAGUUUAUUUCAAAGUAUUAAUUGAAAUCAAAUUACUCAAAGUCUAAUCGUUAUGUGAACAAUUUGAAAUCAAACUAUUUACAUGAAUCCCACUGUCCAAGACAAAGAACCAUGCCAAACACAAUUCUAGUCAUCCCUCAACAUAUUUAGAUAGUAGCAUUUUUAACUUAGUUUUAAAUAAUCACAUAAAUUAUUGAAAGUGACCAAAAUAUUUUGAUAUAAGAUGCACUAAUGUUUGGAGGUUGUAUGUUAGCUAUAAGUAUGUUGGAUAUAACUAUUGUAUUUACCGUUUAAAACAUUUUGUACAGUAAGUUAGUGUAUAUUGUUUCAUUUGUAAUAUCGGUUUUUUUGUACAGAUUUUGUUUACAUUUGUAGAUCUUAUUGGGAACUGUAUAAUAGGACUGUACCUUGUUUAUAUGUAAGAACGUUGAAUGUAUAUUGAUUGACGAUUGACAUGUAUUGUGCAUUAUCUAUUAGUUUUGUUUAUGGCUUUAACAGUUUUAACGUAUAGCCUAUGUUAUAUUCAAUAUUGAAAAGGCUUGGAAAAUAUUUAACAAAACAUUGUUAGUUUUUACGAACUGAUGUCUAACUUAACUUUGUUUCAAACAGUACUUCUGCAGUAUACUUAUUUGUCAGAUAUGGUUAAUUUACACAUUUAAAACACAAUGCGAGUGAACUAUAUUUAGAUAAUAAAAUGCAUUUACCAAGCUUUCAUAUUUCCCUGAGUGUUUAAAUUUUUUGUUACCAAAAUUAAUUGCAAUAUCAACUUGAAAACUGCCAUUUUUCAGAGAAUAGUUUAUGGCCAUUUAAUUUUAUCACAAUAGUUCUAUGUUAUAUUAUGUUCCCACGAUUUUAAAGACUGGUAUCAACUGUGGAAAUUUACUUUACAAAUAAAAUUGAGUAACCAUGAUUAAAUAGUUUUUGUAAUUUUUUAUUUUAUUUUUUAUCCAACUACGCUGAUCAGUAUUAAUAAUUAUCUCACAAUUUAAAACCUUUAUGCAUCCUUUAGUUUGUAAUUAAUUAAUUAAUUAAUUCUAUGUUUAUCUUGAAAUAAUCAUUUCAACUGAGAUCAGAGUACAGUAUUAUAAUUACAUGAUCAAGAUAUAUUCGGAACAAGAAGUUUGUGAAAGUAUAAGAAAAUAUUUUUGUCCUCGGUGAUUUUUUUUCGAAGGAGCUUUAUAAACAUUAAAAUUUGUGUGAUAUUCCAUUGUACCAAUAAACGGGUAAACUUUUUCAAUAAGUCUGUAUAUAAUAUCACUAUGUAGGUAGAUAAAGCAUCAGUGCGAGCAUAAAAUAUAAAAAUAUUUAACCCAAUAUGAUUAACAAUUGUUUUAAAAUACCCCAUUUUAUAAAAUUUAGUAUUGAUUUAUUGAAACUCAUUUCAGUGGAUGGGUGGAUUUGUUAUAAAUGCUGCUGAUAAUAUUAGCAUAAACCUAUUUAAAAAAAAAUUGGAAUUAACAAUUAACUACUCCAUUUAGUGCAUCGGUUUUUAAACUGAACAAAAAAUUAAUUCUUAUCUAAAGCUUGGAGCAACAAUGAGUAUUUGGCUGACUUAACUCACAAUCACAUUUUAACAAAAUUAAAAAACUAACAAAAUAAUUUUAAAAAUGCUUCAAACCAUUUUGUAUCCACUUGUUCACUGACUGGUGUAAAAUUUAAAGCAUAUGUUAAUUACCCCCGCUGUAUUGUAGUCCUAGUAGAGAUCCGCUUACGUUGCAGGCAAUCACGGGUUGUGUUUGUUUGCCAAGUGAUAUACUGUAAAUAGCUCUCUGUAUGUUUGUAUAUAAAUAAAUAUGCUAAGAGUUUUUCAAUAAA